CUUCCGUCAUUCAUCUUCCCCCGCAUCCAUCUUCAGAUCUCGAUAUCUAAAGCUUGACAAUGAGCGGUAGCGCUAGUACUAGCGCCAAAGUCCAUCGUCCCCCAGCCAGCCGUGGAAGCGGCACCUCGAGAGCCAGACCCGACUGGAGUCCCACGCCCGAUCCGACGUUCGACAUCGAGGAUGCCGCAGAUCCUCGGCUGCCCUCAAGCUCGAAUUCCAGUGACUUCAGGUCCUCCUCAAGUAAGAACAAGGGACGGCAGAAGGUAGAGAAGCAACCUGGGCACGAUAGCACGAUCUUUGGUCACCUCCAGCGAGUCCCCCACUUCAAGAUCUUUAAGGGUUUUGACGAUAUGUACGCCGAAGGCGUCCAUUGCGCGACACAGCGCGGUAUAGCGGGCUCGCACACGGGAUGUCGAUCGGUCGUACUGAAUUCAGGCUAUACCGGCGAUCGCGAGGCACCUAAUGAGAUUAUCAUGGAUGGCGAAGGCGGCCGCAAGAAGAACAGCAAGGUUCAUGAGCGAGACCAGGACUGGGGAAGCACGGGAAACAAAGCUCUCCUCGAGUCAUGGCAUUCGGGACAGCCUGUGCGCGUAUGCCGCGGUUCGCUUACACGGUACGGGCCCGCGGAAGGAUAUCGCUACGACGGCGAAUGGACGGUCAUCAACGCCUGGCAAGUCAAGGCGCCCGACGGAUACCUACGCUGCCAGUUUCACCUCGUCCGCCUUCCCAACCAGCCCCUCGACCCCGAUCACGGCAUGCCCGCCCUCUCCUUCCGCCUCCUCCAAGCCAUCGCCGACGUCGACCGCUUCCGCCCGCCCAACGUGUAUCGCCGACAAGAGGACACGCCACGUCUUAUCGCGCAAGCUGAAGCCAUCAUCGAGGGCGGUGAAGGGCCGGGUCCGAGGAAGCGCCAGAGGAGGGAGUGGGACGAUCUGCCUGGCAUUGAAGAUGGGUGGGCGGCGGGAAGCAGUAGGACGACGGCAAGUAGGAGAUCGCCGAAGAGAAAGAAGACGCAGGCGACGGUUGUGAUCUCGAGGGCGGGUGCUCGCGCAACGUCGGCGCCGACGCCGUCGGGCGCGAGGGCACCAUUGCGCAGCGCAAGGCAGCAGUUGUCCCUCGACAUGGAAGAGACAGAUCCUGCGGCGUUUAGGCCGCGAUGUCAUCGUGCGCGGCAAGGGUCAAGUUUCUCUGGACCACCCACCUUGCCCUCCUCGCCCGUCCUCUCUACGCCCCCACCUCCCUCGGCGACGCGUGGACAAUACAGAUACUCCCCAUCCGCGCUGGACCGGCAAGACGAGGGGAAGCAGCGCGGGAUCAAGCAAGAGGACGCUACCGACACGCCCAUCCGCUUCUUCGAUCUCCCCGCGCCGCCCCGCCGUCAACCGCUUCCCAGCUUCAAACGCUUCUCGAGGGCUUUACCGCCACCACCGCCUCUGGACACAGACCCCGCCAAUGCGUCCGACCUCCAAUUUUCAAGCCAGCAGCAGCAGCCGGCCCCCUCACUGCCGCCCAUCGACCUUCCACCUUCAACCACGACUGACGUCGCUCAGCUGCCGCAUCUCGACGAUGCGAACGCACCACCUUAUGAUCCAAACGACCUGGACGAGGGAGAGCUUACCCUUGAAUACCCCGACGAGUAGGCGGGGACACGGAAUACGAAUUGACCUGUUUGUUAUGUCAUUUGCUGUGUAUGACUUUAUGAUCUUGUAUGUGUAACGUCUAGCUAUGUAAGUAUGUGUCGCGCACGUCGUGCUAUGUUGUAUGUACUAUGGGACCCAUGCAUACGGACCAUAUUCCUAGCACUGAGAUUCUCGUCC